AUGGCCUGGAGUCAGCCUUGGGGAUCCUACUGGAGUCUCCAGGUCACGCAGAGCUGUGCAGCAGAGCCCUCAGAAGUUUUAAACACAUCUGAAGAUGUUUUACCUGGACCCUCUGGGUUGGCCCAAGGCCAUGGCCAGAUGGCAGCAGAUUCAAACUCAGAAUACUCCUGUGUGUCUGCGGACAAGCUCUUUUGCUGUGAAUUCAAGAGGAAGAGUCAAGAGGAUGUGGCUCAGCCUAAGUCCUCUGCCGUGGUCCCUCCUGGUGGUGAGGCAGCCGAAGAAAAGUCCACUGCCUCACAAUAUUUCUCCUGUUUCUCCUCUCGAUCUCAGCUCAUUUGUGCUAAUGAGGAUGAAUUCAAGAGGAAGAGUCAAGAGGAUGUGGCUCAGCCUAAAUCCUCUGCCGUGGUCCCUCCUGGUGAUGAGGCAGCCGAAGAAAAGUCCACUGCCUCACAAUAUUUCUCCUGUUUCUCCUCUCGAUCUCAGCUCAUUCGUGCUAAUGAGGAUGGUAAGGGAAAUACACAGGUGGGGUCUGAGCAUGGAUGGGAGGUACAACUGAGCUACUCAGCCCAAGCCCUCUACUUUAAAUCUCCACUUAAAAAUCUGAAGAGGGCUUCAGGCAGAGGCACAAGGACUGAAGGCUCUGCAGAGGGACAAAUGGCAAUGUGCCUCCAGGGUUAG